AAAAAGUAUAAAAGGACAAAUGAGAAUGAAUAAGAAUAAUUUUAGGGCGAACAGGAAUUUAACAGCACAAGGAGAGAAUUUAGAAAGAAAGAACGAACGAACGGCGUUCAAUUCUUGAAGAAGACUUUGGUUCUUUCACCUUUGCUUUCCCUAUUCCCUAUUCCCUAUUCCCAUUCCAAUCGGACCGACGACGAAGAACGGAAACUGGGACAGGGAGGAGCGAUUCAAUUCGGAUCACCUCUUCUUCUUCUUCUUAUAAUCCCCAUCCUCGGAGAUACCUUCCACCAGAUUCUCCUCAAUUUGGAUUCCAACCUCAUCAACUGCGAUUUCGGGUAAUACAUACAUAGUGAAGAUUUGUCCUUCUUGAUACAAGAUGCCUCGGGAUUUAUCACGAUCUCGAUCGCCUUUGUAUAGGCGGAGGCUUUCGCCAUCUCCCUUAGGGCAUAGGUAUUCCAGGAGGAGUCGGAGAGACCGGAGCCGUUCACCGUAUUCUUACAGCAGGUGAUCCCGUUUAUGUUUGUAGUUUUAUUUACUUUCGAGUUAAUCCGUUGAAUAAUCUCCGACGAAAUUAUGAGAAGAUUGACGACACUGUAUCUUUUUCCCGCGGUUUCUACUUCAUUGACUUCGGAGUUUCUGCAUGAAUCUUGCCCCUUUUGCUCUAAAUUUCCCCCUGUUUUUUCUUUCUACUUCAGGACGUGUUCUUUGUCGAAUUAAGAGGACUUUGAUUUCAUGGAAUGUUCAUUUACAAUUUAUUCUUAUUAUUAUGACAAAAAACAAUACGGGUUUCUAUGUUGCUGUGAUAAUAAAAUUUAUUGAGUUUUCGUGUUUGUUUUAUUGUUCAAUUACAAAAAAUUGACCACUGUAAGUUAGGGUUGCUUGUACUUCUCUUUCAGUGAGUUAUAUCUUCCGGAUCUUUUUGACCUAUUUUAUUGUUUAUGUGCUGAUGGUUUGUUUUCUUGUUUUGUAAAUGUGCUUUACUAUUUUGAAUUUCACAUAAAAUUUCUGAUUUUUGUGGCACAAUUGUCAAGUACCUCCUAAUGGUAUUUAAUCAUUUGUUGAGAAUGGUGAGUGGGGGAGAAAAUUUUAGAAAUCUUCAGGGAAAAAACUCUAAAAUGUGGUAGAAGCAAACAGAAUAGACAUGAUCUUGCUAAGAAAAUUGUGAAAUAAGUCAGUUAUUCCUAUUACAUGGGAAGCGACCAGGUUAUGGGUGCUGAUGGGUGUUCCGUCAUUGCUCGAUUGUGACUUUUCUUCUUCAUGUGAUGUGAUAAAAGAUGGAGCUCACAAAGGUUUAUUCUUAACAAUGUAUGAGAAGAAAAAGUCGCUCAAUUUCUCCAAGACGUAAUAGAAGUCGUUCACGAACACCAAGACACCAUAGAAGUCGUUCUCCAACUUCAAGGAGUUAUAAGAAGCAGAGACGACGAAGUUCCUCAUCAUCUCUGCAUCGUAGAUCUUCUAGUUCUAGCCUCGGAUCCAUUGAGCAAAAAAGUACCAGUGAAAAAUUGAAAAAGGAGGAAGAAAGAAAAAGGCGACAACAGGAGUCACAGGCCAAAUUGCUUAAAGAAGAAACGAAUAAGAGAGUUGAAGAAGCAAUUCGCAAGGAAGUUGAAGAGAGACUGAACUCUGAUAAUCUAAAACUGGAUAUAAACAAGAAGUUGGAGGAGGGACGGACACGGCUUAACGAAGAAGUGACCGCUCAACUUGAGAAGGAAAAAGAAGCUGCCCUUGUUGAGGCCAGACGGAAAGAGGAACAAGCUAGAAAAGAGAAAGAAGAAUUAGAAAGAAUGGUUGAGGAGAGCAGGAGGAGAGUAGAAGAGGCUCAGAGAAGGGAGGCUUUAGAGAGACAAAAGAGAGAGGAAGAAAGAUAUAGAGAACUGGAAGAGCUUCAAAGGCAAAAAGAAGAAGCUAUUAAGAGGAAAAAACAGGAAGAAGAGGAACAACGAGUUAAUCAGAUGAAACUGUUGGGUAAAAACAAAUCACGUCCCAAAUUGUCAUUUGCCAUUGGCUCCAAAUAAAACAAGUAUGUCAACACAAAAAGAAAAACAAAAAAAAAAAAAAAAAAACAAAAAGUAGAAAAAGUAAAUUUUUUCUUAUUAUUAUUAUUUUUUUUGUUCUUCAAGUGUUGUGAAUUUAAACUCGAUUGUUUGUCACACUUGUGUAAUUUGGGAUGACAACAUAAUUCUACUUAAUGCCACUCCCUCGUUCUUAUGACAAAUAA